GUCAAUUGAUCUGUCGGGUACCCAUCGGCGUUCGUAUAUUCGCACGCUCUACCCCUCCAGUGUUCUUUUGAGCAGUAUUAAUACAGUGCUCGAGCCGGUCACUGCAUCCUCGGAUCCCGGCUCAAGGAUGUCACUUGCUGUGCAGUUUUUCUGAAGUCGAAGUUACUGUGCCUUCUGUUUGCCCAAAACUUGCCUCGAGUUGCAGGUUUUGAGGUGUUUGGAAUCUAUUUGAUUCCCUCUCGGACGAGUAUAUUACAAUCGACCAGUAGCACAGAACUGAUUAUCAAGUUUAGGAGAUAGAAUGUCGUCGUUUUCAACUCUUUUGACACAGCCAUCUCUGUCCCAAGUUGCGGGUAUUCACUUGCGAACUGGAUGCAAAGGAGUAAUUCAGGCAGCGUCCAGUACUGCAACGCUAGUAAUCCUGCCACCAUUAUUGCCCAGGGGGCUGCAAAACAGGGGGUUACAAUCAAGUACCAGUCUAUGCAACAGGCACCUGAUCAGGAGGUCUCCACAUACCCACGAUAAGCGGGGAAUUAUCAUGGCAUCUCAGGUUAUGGCGGCGGAUGAGCUAAUGCAGGAGUCGAAGGAUGCCACGGUGCCACCUAAUACUCUAGCACAGAGAUGGAGAGACAUUCAAGGUGCCACGGACUGGAAAGGUAUGCUGGACCCAAUAGAUUCCGACCUGCGAGCGGAGCUUAUCCGCUACGGAGAAUUCGCCCAAGCAUGCUACGACGGGUUUGAUGGCGAAGUGUACUCGAAAUAUCGAGGGAGCUGCCGUUACAAGAGGGAGGAUUUUCUCAACAACGCAGGUCUCGCUAACUCUGGAUACGAGGUCACGAAGUACUUGUACACCACUACCGAUGUGACAAGCCUUCUCCUCCUCGGCGAGUCUGACGCGCCCAUGGAGCGCAUGUCGAACUGGGCGGGGUUCGUCGCCAUCUGCACCGAUGAGGAGCGUAUCAAGCAGCUCGGUCGCCGUGACAUUGUCGUGGCGUGGCGUGGCACCAGUGCGAAACUCGAAUGGGCAGCAAAUCUGAAACGAACUCUCGUCCCAUCCUCUUUAGACGACCGAGACCAGCGCGACAACUGGCUCGACCCUAGGGUGCGAAUAGAGAAAGGUUUUCUCAGUCUCUACACAACUAAGAAUCCCAGGACGCGCUCCAACAAGAGCAGCGCCCGGGAGCAGCUACUCUCCGAGCUCCUCCGCCUGAUAAAGAAGUACGACGAUGAAACGCUGUCGAUCACCAUCACAGGCCACAGCCUAGGUGCUGCCAUGGCAACCGUCUCAGCUUACGACAUCGCGGAGUCAGGUAUCAAUCGACAUAGCAUGGAUGAUAUGAAAAUUCCCUCGCAAUGGAACGAACACACAACUCCUACACCCACAUCGGACCCGUCCCAAACCACGCAUAUGAACACUGUACCCAUCACCGUCUUCUCCUUCGCUGGACCUCGGGUGGGCAACUCCCCGUUUGUCGACCGCGUCCAGGCCCUUGGCAUCAAAGCCCUGCGUGUCGUCAAUUACCACGAUUACGUUCCUCGAGUUCCUGGUUUCUUCGCCAACGAAGAGAUGCGAAUGGUGCAAAACCUGAUCGAUAAGCUGCGGUGGACAUACUCCCACUGCGGUGUUGAGCUGGAGAUCAACAGCGACCACUCACCAUACCUGCGGCGAAAAGCGGGCGUCGCAAACGUACACAAUCUGGAGGGGUACUUACAUUUGCUGGCGGGUUAUCAGGGACCUGGUCGCGGGAUCGGGAAGGAUUUCAAGCUAAUGCACCGUCGCGAUAUUGCACUUGUGAACAAGAGCUCAGAUUUCUUGGUGCCGCAGCAGCUUGUGCCGUCCUUCUGGCGGCAGCUCGCGAACAAGGGUUUAGUUCAGAAUGAUGAUGGCGAUUGGAUUAUGCCCGAGCGGGACACUGAGGAUAUGCCCUACUCCACCUGAGCACUAUGUGUCUAUCUUCAUCAGCCUCUUCUGUUCUAUUUAGUGUGUAAAGAUUUGACUUAAACAAGUUUGUGUUCAUUGACAUGAAGACUUGGAUUUUCUACGAGUAAUUUGACAGUUAGGGAGUUUCACAAUGAGAGUUUGCGACGUUUAGAAAUUGGUCACCUCUUUAAAUUGUAAAUUUUCCCGCUGCGUAUAUACAAGGUGACGUUUUCCUCAAUCA